CUUCAAUCUAAUUAUUCCCUCCGUCCCAAAAUUAUUUUCCAGUUUGGAUCCUAAAAACGAAAUCUCAAACUGGACAAUAAUUUUGGAAUAGAAAAAAUAUUACAUUUCUUUCGUUCCGAAAUGAUUCUAUGUUUUAACAUGAAUAUAUAUUGUCAAAGGGAGUUAAUUAAGUAUGAUAUAGAGAUUAUAAAAAUUAACCAUGGCUAGCUAACUGUUGGAUUUAGAGCCUCUCUUCUUUUUUUUCUUGGAUCAAAAGGUAAGGCCGCAUACCAACACCCUCAGGGGGGUGUUCAAAAUAAUGGUAGCCCCAAGUCAAAGACUUUGCGAAAGAGGCUAGGUAAUCUGCUGAGAAAUUAGCUUCUCUGUGGAUGUGCCGGACCUUGAUCGUCCAUGGUUUGCGGAGCAGCUCCUGGAUUCCUUUAAUGAGGCUCUCGUGUCUAUUCGGCUCCCUUGUAUCCUCCUGAACCAUUCUGAGAACACUCAAGUUCGUCUAUUUCCAGCUGCACUUUCUUCCAUCCGCCUUCCCAACAAUAUGGCCAACAUGAGUUUUAGAGUCACUGCCAACGCCGCCACAGGAUCGUAUAUGAUAUUGUAGCAACUAGCAAAACAUGGAACAAGCAAUGGUUGCCGAAGAGCACGUAACUCAUCAUCAUUAUUCAUUAUCAUCAUCAAUGGUUACUUUAAUGCUAGGCCUUGAAGAAGAGCACGACUAGGGAGGCAUGAUGGAGAUGAAUUACAAUGUGAAUUCUACCUAAUUUACUAAUUCCAUCGUUCACCUUCAUAGUGUAAACAUUUAUGUGAUAAUACUACUAAGUACUAAACAUUUCAAAUGCACAUUUAUCAUAACUCUAAUUACACAAAAUCGGAUUCAAAGCCUAUAUUUGUUUGCAUUUGUAACUCAAAAAAGGGCUUCGUUGCUAUGGCGUGGCAUAGACUGACGAGGCUACCAAAUAAUCCCAGUUAAAUGUACAUUAACUAUAAGGUCUGAUUGCCGAAAACUCUGGCUGAACUAAACCUAAAACUUCAAUUUUGAACUGUAGUAAUUCCAAAAAGUGUUGGAUACACCGAAUUUUCAUAACUAAAAUUACGAAUUGAAGAGAGAGAUUAAGGGAGAAACAGAAUUAUGCAGAAAAGGAUGUAUAGAACGCGAGAAGAAGGGUAAACUUGAAAAUUUUCUCGCAUUAACAAUUACUGGAAAUCUACUACAUAUUAAUACCUUCAAAUCACAACCAAACUAACUACAAAUUUCUUUUGUAUCACUACCUUCACGAUCAUGAGAAUCCAGCAGAAGCAGAGCAGCCUUCUUACUGUGGCGCUGGCGGCGGCGGCUUGAAGAGCUCGUGGGGUUGGACGGUAAAGAAGGAACCCGGUUCAAUUUUCAUCCUCGGUCGCGGCUGCCGAUUGAAUAUCCUGGUUUCCCUUCUUCCUGCAUCAGAGAACUUCUGAGGAAUCCACUAAUUCGUCCAAAUAGCGCAUAAAAGAUGGAUUCGAAAAGGCAACUGUUUGAAGUAGAUCUUCUUGAAAGAUAUGCUGCAAAAGGACAUGGAGUUAUUACAUGUAUGGCUGCAGGGAACGAUGUAAUUGUUUUUGGAACAAGUACAGGGUGGAUCAUCCGGCGCGAUUUUGGAGUUGGAGAUUCCCAUGAUAUUGAUUUUUCGGCUGUAAGUAGGUCUGGAGAUCAGUCAUCAAUUCAUCGAGUAUUUGUUGAUCCUGGUGGUAGCCACUGUAUAGUUACAGUCAUGGGUCCUGGAGGUCCUGAUACAUUUUAUGUACAUGCUAAAUGGACUAAACCUCGUUUGCUUAGCAGAUUCAAAGGUGUUGUUGUGACCGCUGUUGCGUGGAACCGGCAAUUGAUAUCAGAAGCAUCCACAAGGGAAGUCAUCCUUGGUACAGAAAGUGGCCAGCUUUACGAAAUUGCUGUUGAUGAGAAGAAUAAGAAGGAGAAGUAUUCAAAGUUUUUGUUUGAGUUGAAGGAACUCCCUGAAGCUUUUACUGGAUUGCAGAUGGAAACAUCGACUGGUAUCCAUGGAACUGCAAUAAGAUACUAUGUAAUGACUGUUACUCCGACUAGACUUUAUUCAUUCACAGGAAAGGGCUCAUUAGAGUCUGUUUUUGCUAGUUAUGUGGACCGUACAGUUCAUUUCAUGGAACUUCCGGGAGAAAUACCUAACAGCGAACUGCACUUCUAUAUCAAGCAAAAGAGGGCUUUACACUUUGCAUUGCUCUCGGGAGCAGGAAUAUAUCACGGAGGGCUAAAUGUUGGUGCACAACAUAGGUCGCCAGAUGUUGAUCAGAGUUUUGUGGAGAACAAAGCUCUUUUGGCCUACUCAAAACUGGGGGAAGGAGGUGAAGCUGUUAAGCCUAGUUCAAUGGCUAUGUCUAAGUAUCACUUUCUUCUCCUUAGUGGGAAUAAGGUCAUAGUUGUUAAUAGGGUUAGUGAGCUGCUUGUAGAGGAGCUUUAUUUUGAUCAAGUUACAGAUACGGUUUCUAAGAGUAUUAUCGGAUUAUGCAGCGAUUCAUCCGCUGGAAUGUUUUACGCUUAUGACCAGAACUCCAUCUUUCAGAUCUCUGUAAAAGAUGAGGGUCGAGAUAUGUGGAAGGUGUAUUCAGACUUAAAGGAUUAUGCUGAAGCUCUGGCGAAUUGUUGUGAUGCCCUCCAGAAAGACCAAGUUUAUUUGGUACAGGCUGAAGCUGCUUUUUCUGCUCAGGAUUUUCUCGGAGCCGCACACUUUUAUGCAAAGAUCACCCACGUGUUAUCAUUCGAAGAGAUCACUUUGAAGUUCAUUAGCAUUGGAGAACAGGAUGCUUUGAGAACAUUCCUUCUUUGCAAGCUUCAUAUUCUUGCUAGGGUAGAUAAGCGCCAGCUAAUGAUGAUCUCCUCCUGGGUUACUGAACUAUACUUGAAUAAGAUCAACCGGAUACUUUUGGGAGAUGAUGGUGCUUCUGGAAAUGGUAGUUCAGAGUAUCAGCUAAUUAUUCAAGAGUUUCGUGCUUUUUUAUGCGACUCCAAGGACAUAUUGGAUGAGGCAACUACGCUGAAGUUACUAGAAAGCUAUGGUAGGAUUGAUGAAUUGGUGUUCUUUGCUAAUCUGGUGGAGAAAUAUGAGGUCGUGAUUCGCCAUUAUAUCCAGAAAGGAGAAGUGAAGAAAGCACUACAAAUUCUUAGGAAACCUAACGUUCAAAUAGAGCUUCAGUAUAAAUUUGCCGCAGACCUUAUCAUGCUUGAUGCACAUGAAACUGUUGAAUCAUGGAUGGCCACAAAAGACCUGAACCCGAGAAAGCUAGUUCCUGCUCUGAUGCGAUAUUCAAAUGAACCUCAUGCUAAGGACGACACACACGAAGUGAUCAAAUAUCUUGAGUAUUGCGCUCAUCGUUUGCAGAAUGAAGAUUCAGUUGUUCACAAUUUGUUACUUUCUUUGUACUCCAAGCAAGAAGAUGAGAGUGCUCUUCUACGUUUCUUGCAAUUCAAAUUCGCUAAAGGGAGAUCCAACGGCGGCCCUGAAUUUUUCUAUGAUCCCAAAUAUGCUUUGCGCAUUUGUCUAAAAGAGAAGCGCAUGCGUGCCUGUGUUCAUAUAUACAGCAUGAUGUCCAUGCAUGAAGAGGCAGUUGCCCUUGCACUGAGACUUGAUCCAGAGCUUGCCAUGGCCGAAGCUGACAAAGUUGAAGAUGAUGAAGUUUUGAGGAAGAAACUGUGGCUUAUGGUUGCUAGACAUGUCAUUGAACAGGAAAAGGGUACAAAAAAAGAUAAUAUUCGCAAAGCUAUAGCUUUUCUCAAGAGAACAGAUGGACUCUUAAAGAUAGAAGAUAUUUUACCCUUCUUUCCAGACUUCUCUGUUAUCAAUGAUUUUAAAGAGGCAAUCUGUUCAUCUUUGGAGGACUACAAUGAGGAAAUUGACAAAUUAAAGCAGGGAAUGAAUGAUGCAAACUAUGAAGCAGACAAUAUGAAGAAAGAUAUUAGUGCACUUGCCCAACGGUACGUUGUCAUUGAGCAUGGCGAAGAAUGUGGAGUUUGCAGAAGGAAAAUAUUGAAUGGAAAUAAAGAGUAUCAGAAGUCACAUGGUUCUAUAUUACCUGCAUCAAUGGUCCCUUUCUAUGUGUUUCCUUGUGGACAUUGUUUUCAUGCUGAGUGUUUGCUCACACAUGUGACUAAUGGAACUACUCAAAACAAUGCAGAAUUUAUUUUGGAUCUGCAAAAACAGCUUACACAACUUGGUAGUGAACCAACUAAGAACCUGAUGUUGGAGAAGAUAAGAUCACAGUUGGAUGAUGCUAUUGCCGCUGAAUGCCCAUACUGUGGUGACCUAAUGAUAGACGAGAUUUCGAAACCUUUCAUUCGGCCUGACCAGUUCGAUGAGCUCAACUCGUGGCAGAUCAAACCACAAGAUAACAUUGCGAUUCUGCAAAGCCCGUCUUUAGGUUCAAGAUUGUGGGGUGCUUUGCUUCUUCUGUUUGCAUUUUAG